AUGAUAGAACAGUGCUUUUUGUGCAUAGCUGUGUCUAUUCAAAUGAAAACGUUUGAAGAUUGCAGUGUGUUUGAUAUGAAGGAACCAUCAACUUAUCGACCGCAUUGGCAACAGGCCGCGUGGGCGGGCGAGGACGCGGUGGCGUCUGCGACAGCGUGGGUGUGGAGGGGUGGGGAUGGUGUAGCGCAGGAAGGUGGAGCGUGCGGGGCGUGGGCGCUCGUGGAGGGUGAUAUGGUAAACAGUGGUCGUGGAUAA